AUGGUCUUUUCUGAGGUUGUCGGCACCCUCUCUUUUCUUCAGCCACAAGCCGAUGAUGAUAUGACUGACCGCUUACACUAUUACUAUACAACAACCUUUUUGUUGGUCACAUCGGUUUUAAUAAGUCUAAAAAUGUAUGGUGGAAGACCUAUUGAGUGUUGGAUGCCCGCAGAAUACCAAUCUUCAUGGCAGGAAUAUACCGAGAUAUAUUGCUUCUCGAUGAACACAUACUUUACUCCCUUCGAUAAACAAAUACCCGAUGAAAGUGAAGUGCGUGAAAAAAAUAUGAUUAGCUACUAUCAAUGGACACCUUUCUUUCUUGGUAAAUUAAAUUUUUAA